AUGAGUUCUGGACUGCGAGGAGGCAGCCGAGAUGGUGCUGGCAAAGGCAUGGCUGGGGCUGGGGCCCCCUCUCACUCCUGGCAGCCCCCUCACAUCCUGGUCGUGGAGGCCCACCCCUCUCACUGGGCCCACACCUGCCACAAGCUCUGCGAUGCCCUGGAAAACGUCUUCUCUCUGGCCUGCAGUCUGGCGGGGCCUCCCCGCAUCCCUCUGCUCAGCCUCUAUGUGGUCCAGAGCCAGCAGGAGUGCCUUCUGCCCUUUGUGCCGGUGAGAGGGAGCUUCUCUCGGCUCCAGAGCUGCCUGGCGGAGCUGCGUGCCUUGCCCUCAGAGGGGGUCUUCCACCUCAAGGAGGACGCCAUAGUCCAGGCCGUGCAAGAUGGGCUCCAACAGUUCAAGCAGUACACAGGGCAAGGCAUGGCUGGGGCCUCCCUGAGCAGCUCCUCCCUGGAGAUGACCAUCCUGACUGGCCAGCCCAGCGCAAAGGUGGCCAAGCAGCUGGAGGCUGGGCUGCAAGGCAUCGACCUGGCCAGCCUCCGCCAGCUGCAGGUGGUGGAGGUCUCCCGAAUGGGGCUACAGGAGGCGCCUGAGCCUGCGGCUGAAGACGGAGAGGGAGCCACCCCCAGCAGCAGCAGCGGUGGGGAGCAAGCGCCAUUCAUGAAAGGGAACCAGGAGCUCAUGGCUUCCGUCUCUGACUACCGGAGAAUGGCUGGCAAAGUGCCCCCUAAGUGCACAGGAAAGAGCGCUGUGACCCUGGGCGCAGUCCUUGACCUCCAGACUGUGGAGAGUGAUGUGGUGGCCCUGGAGACUUUCUUCAAGGGCUGGUUCCACGACCGCAGCACCGACCAGGAGCACCUCCACCUCCUCCUGCCCACUGGAGCGCUAGGCCACCCUGCUGCGGUCCAGAGCUGCCCAGGUCAGUGUGAGCCAAUGGGAUUCCUGGUGUCCGUGAAGUGUGAUGCCCAGGAGAGGCUCCUCAGCCCCGCUCUGCUUACUGCCGCCUGCAGAGAUGGCCCCACCGCACAACGGGAGGAUGCCAAUUGCCCCUUCUGGAUGGCAGCUGGCCCAGGCCUGGUGCCACACAAGCUCCGCAUCCUCAGGGCCCUGGAGGCCAAAGGGCUGUGCACCUCACUGCUCUAUGGGCUGCCUCUGGUCAUCCGGCCCACAAGCUGCUGGCGGAUGAACUGGGAUGAACUGGAGGCCAACCAGCAGCUCUUCCGGGCCCUCUGCCACUGUCUGUGGAAGCGAAACUGGCUGCUGCUGGCCAAAUAUGAGACCCUCCCAGGGGGGCCUGGUCCUGGCUGGAGCCCCCUUCAUGUCCUCCUGCCCUCGGAAGGGGCCGCCUCGCUGCUGCUCUGCUCCCUCGUGGGCCGGGAGCUCCUCCUGCCCUGCAGCUUCCCUCACCUUCCAGCAGAGCCUCCCCAGGCCACUCUCAGCCAAAUGGAGAACAUCCUGGACAGCCUCGAGCUGGAGCCGGCCUACAGUCCCCUGAGUGGGGGGGCCCCCCUGUACCGAGCCUUGAGGAGCAGCCUGGGGCGCCCACCAGCCUCCCGGCCCGAGCGCAGGGCAGAUCGGCACCUGCCCCGUCAGGUAGAAGCGGCAAGGGGGACACAGCCCUGGCCUGGGGGUCACACUGCCUCUUCCACCUCCUCCUUCUGCCCACAGCAGGGCAGCCGCCCCCACCUGGGCAAGGCCAGGGCCAUGGUGGCCCCCCUGCCCCUGGCACCCCCUGCCCCCCGCCCGCCUGCCUUCUCCCUGUUCUCCAGAGAGGAUGAAGAAUUCCUGGAUGCCGUGUGACAACGCAGGGGCCGCUCCCUUCGCCCCAUGGAGGCACCCACAAGAAGAGGAGCCCAACCCACAGGCCCCCCAUGGCUGAGGGGCAGCCUCCUCCCCACAGACUGAGACCCCGGCAGAUGCUCCUGAACUACAACUCCCAGCAAGCACCCUGUUGAGCACCUGAGGGGGGGGGAGGCAUUACUUGCAUCUGGAGUUGUCCCUCCCCUUCUUGUGGCAAAACUGGAGCCUCUGCAGCAAUGCCUGGAUCUCGGUCUUCUUGGGGGCAGGGGAGUCUGGCUGGAAGCCCCCUCCCCAGUUUCUGGAGACCCCCCCUUCCAUAAACUUUUGUCUUUGUUGCGCCAAACCUUGAGUUGUGCCUUUCUGUCCCGUGUCCCGUCCCCCGUGCAAGAGCAGGGCACUCCCCACCCCCAAGCUGUGGGGAAGA